CGCUCUCGCUCGCUCUCUGUUUAGAGUUUAGACUGUAGAAUGAGGCCUCAGAUCGUGUUGUUUGGAGAUUCACUCACAGGGCAAUCUUUCAGUCGAGGUGGUUGGGGAGCAGCUCUUGCCGACACCUACUCUCGAAAGGCUGAUGUACUCGUUCGUGGAUAUGGUGGAUACAACACUAGAUUGGCUAUGUUCCUUUUACAUCACAUUUUCACACCUGAAUGCACGAACCCUCCUGUGGCCACCACUAUUUUCUUUGGUGCUAAUGAUGCAGCUCUUUUGGGUAGGAAUAGUGAACGUCAACACGUGCCUGUAGAAGAAUACAAGGAGAACAUCAGAAAGAUGGUUCAUCAUUUGAAGAAAUGCUCCCCCACCAUGCUGGUUGUGCUUAUCACGUCACCCCCAGUUGAUGAACAAGGUCGCUUGGAAUAUGCAAGAUCUGUGUAUGGUGAGAAAGCAGUUAAAGUGUCAGAAAGGACAAAUGAAAUGGCAGGCGUUUAUGCAAAGCAGUGUGUGGAAUUGGCUAGGGAACUUGGUCUUCCUUCUAUUGAUUUAUGGUCCAAGAUGCAGGAAACAGAGGAGUGGGGGAAAAAAUUUCUAAGGGAUGGGUUGCACCUGACAGAAGAAGGGAAUGCAUUUGUCCACCAAGAAGUGGUGAGAGUGUUCAAUGCAGAAUCGUUAUGUGCUUCAGCAAUGCCAUUUGAUUUCCCUCACCAUUCUAAAAUCGAUUGGAAGGAUCCUUCUAAGACUUUUGAACAACACUUUUCAUGAUUUUUAGUUUUCUUUUUCUUUGAAUUAGUUUUCUAUAUUUGAAGAGUAUAGAGAACUGCUUUUGCCAUUCAUAAUUAAAAAGAAGGAAAAGAAAAUUCAGUAGUUGUAUCAUUGAGAAGUUGUUUGAUGUCAUUUUAUGAUGUAAUGUCCUCUGAAGUUCCAAAUGAUGAUUCCUUCAAAUUUAAUAAAUACAUGGUUGAA